CCUUUUGUAGCUCCCGGUGGUGCUGUCACAACACAUCCAAACCAAGCCUCGAUGGUUAAGAAGCUGGAGCUACUGGUGCUGUGCGGCCUACUGGGCGCCCCCUGCGCCACCAUCCUGUCCAGGUGUGCGGCUGCGCCCUCACUGUUCGCCGUGCACCCCGCUGCCAACGCCGUCGCCUUCCUACUGUGCUUUCCACUAGGUAUCUACGUCAUGGUGGAGCGCAAGACCGUGACGCACUUCAAGACUCGGGUCUUCCUGUCCCAGCUGCACAUGUUCUCUCAAAUGCUGGCGAUGCUGCUACUGAGUGUCGGCGGUGCGGCAGCGUACAUGACCAAGAACGCGUUCGGUAAGGACCACUUCACGUCCACGCACUCGUGGCUCGCCGGCGCCACGGCCACAUUGUCUACACUCAACAUGUUGGGAGGCCUCGCCACCACUUUUGGCGGCAAGAAGACGAGCUGGCAAUGGAAGAACCCGGGCCACCGCAUUGGAGGCACUCUGGCAUUCCUGGGCGGAGGUUUGAGUGUUAUCCUCGGUGUAUACAGCGGAAGCUGGGGCAUCUCCCAGUUGGGUGAGGACUUGCAAUUGAAGGUGGCCUGCUCCGUGGCAGCUGCAUACUCGCUUCUGUUCCUGAAAAUUGUGGUGAGCAGUUCUGCGUCUCCGGCUGAGAAGAGUGACUAGAGGAAAAAUGAUAAAAUGGUUAAGUGCGGCUCAUCAAAUAGCCCACAGACCGUUGCUUUGAGAAAGACAUGAACAAACUGCAAUUUCCAGUCUUGAAGAUAACAUCGCUUCACUCGUUGAAUGUCAUCACCACCAUCUUCGGCAGCUUC